AUACACAAAGUAAGGAGCAGUGAGAGAAAGUGGCCACCGGUUUUCGGUCCCUCUUCUUGCAACGGAAACACGGCGGACCCGCCGGGGAGCCAGCGGUGUGCGUUGCACAGCUCAUUCGGACACGAACUCUCUCCCGAGCAGCAGGUUUGCGACGGAUCGUUUGCGAUGAGAUCGGCAGAGUGUUCGGUAUCGCCGGCCUGGGCGGGCCAGGCUCGAUUUUCUCGCGCGGUGAUUGUGCAGUGUUGAACGAGAAAACAAGAACCGCGGUGGUGCUCGACAUCAGGCCGUCGGAGUCUCGGGAGUCGUUAACCUCGAAGCGUCUCCGCACGUAGGCAACCCGAGUUCCCAUUAAAAUAUCGCUCGGUACCAGUGAACCAACCAGCGGGAUACAGAAGGAGAAUAUUCAAGGAAACCGGAGGAUUUAGUCGUCGAUGAGAUAUUAAUGGUCCAGUGGAGUACAUAGUUUCGCGGACAAAGUGACAAGUAUUAUUCGUUGGAGCCGUGGACACUUGAUCCCGGUUCGAGGACGAAGGAAAGGUCGAGUCGGUUAACCGAGUGUCUUUAUUUGGCCGGGGGAACGAGUUUCCAGCAAGGGCUCGACCUAGCAGAAAAUAAAGAAACAAAACGGUCGAGCAAAAAGUACGAAGGAGGCUCGGUUGGCCGGUUUCGCGCGAUUCCCUCGGGUCAACGAUCUGCUCGUGUAUCUCGAAGCGGUUCGUUCCUCGGUACGUACCUCCGCGGACAAGUACGGUCGAUACACGAUACACGCUGGCCUGUUCGUAUACCGAUAGCGGGCAAGCCAGCCAGUAAGCCAGCCAGUAAGCCAGCCAGUAAGCCAGCCAGUAAGCCAACCAGCCAGCAGGCAAGCGAGCGAGCACGUUUCACGAGGAGUGAAAAGGCGGUCACUCGGUACACCGCCGUGGCUGCUUUCACCGGCAAUGGAAUAAUGCCGAUCGGGCCUUAACGGUACGCUACUCGUACCUUCCGUGUUUCCCUUCGCGCGAACGCCGGUGAAAAUGAUCGCAGGCCUCGGCUAAGAUCGCGUUCGGGUGGCCAGUGAUCGCGGGUUCCAGUUUUUCCGGUGAUUCUCUUCCAGCACAGUGCGCGUUCGUUCGGUUGUUACACUACAUCGCGACGAUACACGGCGCGGCCGGCCGCGCGCGCGCGCGCAACGCAGAGAAACGCUGGCGAUUCGUUCGGGCCCGGGGGUUGCCGUAGCAUGGAAACCAAGAUGUACAUCAGCAACAACGAUGCCCACAACAAUGGUCACACGGGCACCAAGUACGCGUCCACGAACUCGAUACCUUCGAUGAUGGAGGACGAGUCGUCGUUCGCGAAAUUGAUCGGUGCACGCCGGGACUCGAGCGCUAUCUUGCGUGACAAUAAGGGAAGGAGGCACAGCGUGCUCGAGGACUUGAAGGCGCGAAGGGACAGCCUCUUCCAGAGGGCACGCCGCGGCAGUGUCGUCGAGGAGAAGGAGAACGCGAAACUGGUGCAGAAGGAGAAGCGUCGCAGCAGCGACGGCGGCAGGCGCGGCUCGGUUUUCUACGUGUCGCAGGAUCUGCUCGAGGAGAACCAGGAGGUGCUCGAAGAUGAGCGGAUGCAGGAGCUCGAGGGCAAGAAGGGCCGCCGAAAGUCCUGGCAUCCGCUCGCGAAACCGCCGAAACUCGACCGCAAGAGGAGGAAAGGUAUCGCCGGCGUGCCGACGCAGGUCGGCAGCACGGAUGGACUCUACGCGCAGGCUAGACAGAAGAGACCCUCAUGGUGGAAUAUAUUCGUACCUGACUCCGUUGCCAGGUCCAGGCGAAUGUCCCAGGAUGUCACGCACUCGAGAUCCACCGAAAACCUCACGUCCUCUUACUUCAGGAGUAAGAGCCGCAGCGUGGAUCACGGAUUCACGACGCCUUUCGACUUGGAUUCGUUGCGGAACAAGGUCGAAGGACGCUUCGAGUCCGUCGACAAGCUGUCCAAGGAUUCGGACAGCGAAAGCAAAGAUGGCUCGACCACCCAGGAGAAGAAGCACGGCCGCGUUUCGCAGCCUAUCAGCACCAUCGCCUACACGGUGAGCGAUAGGGACACGCUGACGUCGGUGGCCGCGAGGUUCGACACGACGCCGUCGGAGCUGAGCAAAUUGAACAGGCUCGGAAGUACUUUCAUUUAUCCCGGUCAGCAGUUAUGGGUACCGGCGAAAGGAGAAGGUCGACAAGGAGGCGGAACCACCGCGGACGCGCCCAGUCCGGAUCCGUGCCACGACCACGAGUCCCAGGAUGACCUACCUCCCGAGGAAAAAGAGCUCUUGGAUAACUUGAGGCCUGUGUCACCUAAACCGGGCCAUAUGGAAAGAGUGAAAACACCUCUUAGUAUUUCAACUGCGGUUAUAGAGGAAGAGGAGCAACCAUUCAAGGAGAGAUUUUUGAAAAUUGAUGUUCGCCAUAUCACGGAUGGUCAGGGUGUCGUUAGUGGAGUAUUAUUAGUUACACCAAAUGCAGUGAUGUUUGAUCCUAAUGUCUCGCAUCGACUUGUGAUUGAGCAUGGGGCUGAAUCUUACGGUGUGAUUGCACCAAUGGAAUUCAUAGUGAAUGCUGCAAUUUACUAUGACAUUGCACACAUGCGUGCUUCACACAGGGAGCCUGGAGCCUUAGAGAAAAAACCAGAAAUUUAUUACAUGAAGAAACCUACUCAAAAUGAGAAAUGUCAAUCGCCGGAGAAAGACGAAAAUUUCCCGGAGUUAACUACCGAUGACAAUGAGAGUGUAUGCAGCUGUGCAGAAAGAGAUGGAGACGCUUUUCCAAAGGCCUUCGAGAGAGAUCUCGUGACCCCUACUAAUCUUCAAAGUGAAGAUAAUACAACGACAACCAAAGAAAAAGAAGAGGAGAAAGAGACUAAAGAAGCCUGUGAUGGUAGCCAAGUAAUUAGGACAUUAGAGGAACGCCGACGUUCUAUGCUUGAUCAUCAUUGGGCAGUUCCCAGUAAGGAUCGAUGUACGUUGUCAAUUGAAGAUGAUCAACAGGAUUCAUUAAAUUCUGACAAGACGGACACCGCGAAAACGAAGCCGAAUGCCGAAGAUGAAGAAGGAUCUCUAGUCAAAUUGUCAUGCCACGACUCUGGUAUUGACAUUCGUGACCCUAAUCCCCCUUUCCCAGUAGUUCUGCCUAUCCCCUCAAAGAAAGUAUACUCAGACGCAGAUAUUGUCUUAUCUUCAGAUUGGGUACCUCCUAUUACUAUUGCCCCGACGAACGUUACAACUGAUACUCUAGACAGUGGUUCUGCCAUUAAUGGUAGAAAAAAGGCGAGUUCGGUAUCUUUUAGCUUAGACAGUAAUGCGGAGGAACCCGAGAAAGAUGAUGAACACAAGGAUGACGACAAACAGGAGACUCGUAGGAAUAAGAUGUUAAAGAGAUUGUCAUAUCCAUUAUCGUGGAUGGAAGGAUUAACUGGUGAGAAAGAGGAUGAAAAUAAAUCUGGAUCUGAUAAAGUUGGAAGCUUACCUAACAGCGCGGAUUCUCAUCAUUCUUCCGUCUUCAGUAAAGUCUUUUCAAGCUCGCCGAUCAACCUGGUGAGUGACUUUAGCUCGGGCCUGUUUGCUAAAACUCCCAGCGAAGAGAGUGGUGGGGGCGGUAGGACUGGAGGGACACCUCCUCUUACCGCCUCCUCUCUCUCCCAGGACUCCGGCAAUCCUCAGUUUUCACCUGGUCCAGGAGGGCUUAUGGGACGGUCUUCCGUUGGCACGUUCAUCAGACAACAGCCGUUAACCUCCUCGGGCAGCAGCAGCGUGGACAGCAGUCGGGGUAGCAAAACUUCGACCGCCGCGCCGAGAUUGGACUACCGUAGCAUGGUCUCUGUCGAGGACAUGCCCGAGUUGUUCGUCAGUUUCGACAAGCUUAUACCACGACCAGCCCGUUCCUGCGACGAUCCGCCAUUGUACCUGAGACUGCGAACCGGAAGACCGAAGGACAAGAAGAUUCCUCGGUCCACGCCCAUCAUGAGCUACGGCAAGAAGAAACUGCGCCCCGAGUAUUGGUUCAGCGUGCCCCGCGACAGGGUGGACGAUCUGUACAGGUUCAUCCACGCGUGGGUGCCGUCGCUUUAUGGGGAGCUCGACGAGGAGUACUGGAAGGAGCGCGGCUACAUCCUGGUGGACACCGACACGGAUCUGUCGCCGGAAUUGUCGCCGCACGAGCCCGGCGAAGCCGGCGAGACCGCGGAGGACGGCAAGCCUCGCAACCAAGAUGGCGACGACAUCUCCGACCUGACCAGAGAAUCAUGGGAGCUGAUCAAGGCCCCCUACGUAAAGCUGUACAGCAUCCUGAAGACGUCGAGCACGUCCGCGGAUUCGGAGCAGAUCCAGGACCCGGAGGCACUGUCUAUGAGCGAGGAAGUCAGGCGAGCCCUCUACGCGAACAGCGCCGUCUCCUUGGACAACGAAGUGAUCGUGCCGGACCUGGUUGGCAACACAGAGAUCCUCAGCGACGAGCACAGGGAACAGCUGUGCCGGCAUUUGCCCGCCAGGGCGGAGGGCUACCUGUGGACCCUGGUCUUCAGCACCAGCCAGCACGGCUUCAGUCUGAACAGCAUGUACAGGAAGAUGGCCAAAAUCGAGAGUCCCAUCCUGCUGGUCAUCGAGGACACCGAGGGCAACGUGUUCGGCGCGUUAACCUCCUGCGCCCUGCACGUGAGCGACCACUUCUACGGGACCGGCGAGUCGUUGCUCUUUAGGUUCACGCCCAGGUUCCAGGCGUUCAACUGGACUGGGGACAACUUGUACUUUAUCAAGGGCAACAAUGAAAGUCUUGCCAUCGGUGCUGGAGAUGGCAAGUUUGGGCUGUGGCUGGACGGCGACCUGUACCAAGGCAGAACACAGUCCUGCAGCACGUACGGUAACGAGCCGCUAGCGCCUCGCGAAGACUUCGUGGUGAAAACAUUGGAAUGCUGGGCGUUCAUAUAGGACACAGCCGCCUCGUACACGUUGUCGAAAACUACGCCCUCGCCGCAGCCUAAUUUGACUUGAACUCGACAGUCUCGUGAAGGUUGAUCGUUCCCAGGAGAGAUUACAGGAAGACUAGAAUUUCUAAGAGACAAUUACCAAACGAGAUUAAAUCGUCUGACGGGUUUAAAACCAGCAACAGUAAUCAAGCCGGGUUGGAUCGGCGUCGACCUAACCAAGAAGAAGACCGAGAAGAAACCGGAUGCAAGUUAAGACUGCAGUGUCUGAGGAGAGAGAGAGGGAGAGAGAGAGAGAGAGGAAUUUUUGUGAUUUCGCGAACGAAUUCUUCCCUGGACGCCGAGACAGGGGAGAGCUUGGGGAAGAGUUAACGAUGAAAAGAGAACGGGAUGGCGGCACGAUGUGAUGUUACAACGUCGAACGCCACCGGAACACGUUGACCCACACUGGACAAUAACAAUUUAUCAAUUACCGUUUAACUGUCCUAUUUGUUUUUCUUUUCUAUUUUAAGUUGUCGUAUUUAUUUUAUUUUUUUUAUAUAUAUGUAUGUAUAGAAACGAAGAAACACGCGCGCGUGCGCGUCUCGCUGAACCGCGAGCCGUCAAUGUUGAUUUCACUGGAGCGCGUGUCGCCGUUAACGAAAUUAGAGAAGGAUCGACGACGAUGAUUUGUUAUUAUUUUCCUUUUUAUUCGUUUCUCUUUGAUUUUUUUCUUUUCGUUUGCAUUUUGUAAUUCGUCGAUCAUCGCUUCGAACUAGUCGUGAGAGUCAUGAUAUCCUUCGAGGUCGAGUGUGAUAUGCAUUUCGCAUAUGAAACGAGGGACGGGAGGAAAGAAUGCGCGGAACGUGAAUGAUCCGUGGGUGAUGAGAUUGAUGGAUAAAAGGAUGCCAGAGAUGAAUGACAAUGAUGAUGAUUAUAACGAUGAUGAGGAGGAGGAGGAUGAUGAUGAGGAGGAGUAGGAGAAGGAGGAGGAUGCUGAUGAUAGUAAUGAUUGAUGAUAACGCGUACGAAGGAAGGGGAAUCGCGUCGUCGAAAUCGGACGAGGAUGAAAUAACUAGAGAAAACGAUAGAAACACAAACACGACACCAUGAGAAAAAAAUGUUAAGCUAACCGUUUGUUGAUGUGUAGAUAAAUUGUAGAUAGUGAAUGUAAAUAUAUAUGUAUUUGCCAAUCGUGUUAACGGUAAAGAAGUUAAUUUUAAAGGAGCAUAAUAAUAUACGCUAAAAAAGGAAAAAAAAUCAGGAAAACGUUGCAGAAGAUGAACACCUUUGUGUAGAGAACUCGUCACAACACGUUACAGUCCUGGACGAUGGGACGCACGCUGGUUAUACGUCUACACCGUACU